CAUUUUUAAGACGAGAAAAAGACAAGGCGCCCCAAUUCCAAUGUGAAUGCAUUAUGUUCGCAACACAGCAAAUUUUUGUUUCGACAUUCAUUUUUUCCCUAACUAAUUUGUCUAUUAGUCUUUUGUCGACGUAAUGGAAAGCAAAAAAGCGACCUUGAACCUUCCUCCUUACGGACAUGUCAUCACUAGCGAGAAGUGGAGAGACUCGUCGCUUAUUCAAAGUUUGAAAGGUGGAGGUGUGAAGAUACUGUUCGAAAGCGAGCUGGGUAUGGCCGACUUCCUUCUCCCAAAUAAGAGCUGUAUCCUCUACCUUUCAGAGUGUGACAUCAUCGCAGGCGCCUCCUCCUACAAGAGGAAGCUGGUUCGCUACAGGAAUGCCUGCGGCAGAUUCCAGGAGCUGGUCCUAAUUGAGAAAACCCGCCUGGUGGAGCAGUACUUCUGGGCCGUCCAGAAGUUUGUCGUGUUGGAGCUUGGCCUGGCACUGCUGCCAGUUGGCGGGCAGACGGAGGCGUCACAGCUUCUCCUUCAAAUGGUUCACACGGACAGCAAAGAGAACCCAUUCAGCAGAAGUAGCUCGUCCGGACUCUUGGACCCACUGGUCUUGGCCGCGGUGCAGCAGGUUCCCGGGAUAGGCCGCGUCAAAGCUCUGGUCCUGUUGGAGCGCUUUCCCAGCAUUCAUCAGCUGUGCAACGCCACCGUCGGCGAGCUGGAGGCCGUCGUGGGCCAGGCCGCCGCUCAGAACAUCCACACAUUCUUCCACAAGUCCACUGCAACAACAAUAUGACCCACGGCCACUCUGAAAACCAUUGGCACCUUUUACUUGGACAGAGCAAAGUCAAAAAGCACUUUGUAUACUACAAUACUCUUGUAAUUUCCUAAAUAAAGAGUUUGCAGUA